AUGCACAGAAAUGCCAUCAUGGGGAUGGAGGACAAGAAGCCAGAGAUCCACAUGGAAGUGAAGCGGCUUCAGCAAGACUUUGCUGACCUGCUACAAAACAGAAAUUUGUCCACGCUGGGCCCGGAUCAGCUGACCUCUGGGCAGAUGCUGCUCAUGGGCUUCAGUGGGUUGUUCUCCAGACUUGAGGCCGACUUUGCUGAGCUGCUGGACAACAUGCAGAUCCUCGAUGUGCCUGCUGUUUGGAAGAAGGUUGACACUGUGAGGGAAGCAAAAUCCAUGCAGCUCUCAACCUUCAGCACCACCACAAGGCCACUGUUAGCCAGCUUGUUUUUUCUCAAGAGGCUUCAAGCCAUCAAAGAUUUCUUUUAUAUGGCCUCCCAGUUUGCAGCUUCUGUACAAGGUCUGAGCAUGGGUGUGGUGCAUGAUGUUGAACAGAUGGUGAAACCUGUCAAGAAGUUUAUUGCUGACUUUAUCAGGAAACAAGUGCUGGGUUUCCCAUCUCAAGUCCUGGGCUAUCUCAUCUGUGUGUUCCUGGGAGAGCUGGGGGUGAACGUCCGGGCAGAGAUUGAACUCAAGGAUAUAGGAGCAGAGUGGAAAGUGCCUCUAGAUGCCUUGUGUAAGAAAGGCAUGGAAACUUGUUUGACCACUGGUCAGUUCCAGCACAGACACCUGACCCAGGUAACAGCUCUCACCAGCAAUUUGGACACAGCCUGGAGAAAACUGGACUUGGCCAAACGGUUGGACAACCACAUUGUGCUGAUGAAAGGUCAAGUACAGAGGUGCCAGCCCCAGUUGACUCGCUUCCAGUGGCUCCAUGAGGACCUCUUCACCCAGACUGGAAGGCAGCUGUCUCAGAUGGUGGUCCCUGGCAGAGGCAGUGUCAUGCUGGAAAUGAAGAAGUCUGUCCAGACUUUGUUGUCGCAGGAGUCCUUACUCUCAUCUUGCCAAGAGCGUUACUCACAAAUGGAGGCCAGCAUUAGCCAAAGGUUGAGGUGGGCAGCGGGAGCCAACCCUUCCCUGAACACAGUGCUCAACAACUUUGAGAAGGCAGCCAGCUACCGCAAGAAAAUCAUUGAAGAGGAAGGCAAAAGAGUAUCGGAAGCAGUCAGUUUGUGCCAGGGAGUUCUUCACCUGGAGGCCCUGCGGACUCAUACCCAGGAGGCUUCUACUACUGACUCCAACUUUCUGCAGCUGCUUAACCAAUGUUCAGAGUGCUGCCUGCUACUGGAGUCGACCAGCAGCUCUGUUUCCGACCUGGAACUUCGAAUGCUGGACAUAAAGCCACUGGGUGAUGGUGAGAAGUCAGAUCUGACAUGGAUCAAGAAAGCUAUAGAAGCUGUCGACAAGACUGUUGCUGAUGCCAAGAAGACUAUGGAGCAGAUCGCUCACAGCCUCAUUGACUGCCAGCGAGACAUCAAGGAGUCUGUGGCCAUGAUCAAGGGUCUGCUCUCUACCCACCACCGGCUGAUGUCUGACAUAAGGUCCAUCCUGAAGACUUUAGCUAAACUGGAGGAACAAGAUUACGGGGAGGACGUGCACCCAGGCAGCAUUCGAGCUUAUCUAACCCAAUACAGGAUAUUCUCUGAGAAGAUUACUGCCAUCCUCAAGACAGUGAUCAGUGAGAUGACAACCAGGGAGGAGAUGUCACAAAGUGUGCUGGACCUGGAGGAUAUCAGCAACCAGCUUGAUCUUGUCUACGACAGCCUGUCUGAGUUCACCCCAUCCAUCAUGAGUAAGUUGGCCGCCGCUGACUUACAGCAGACUGACCAGGCUCAGGGAGAAGUGUCCACUAAACGAGCCUUGGAGCCGACCCUGAAGACGACGCUACAGCUGAGGGACAGGGAUUCCCCUCCUCUGCUCAACAACAACAGUCCAGGUGGCCAAGCCUCGGCUGCAAAAGUCCAAGCUAAAAAGGACAAAGUUUCCAGAGAUCCAAAAACUGGAAAAGCUGUCCAAGAACGCAACUCCUACGCUGUGGGUGUGUGGCGGAGGGUCAAGAUGAAGCUGGAAGGAAGGGAUCCUGACCCAAACAAAAGGAUGAAUGUGGCCGAGCAGGUCGACUACGUCAUCAAGGAGGCCAAGAACCCUGACAACUUGGCCGUACUCUAUGAAGGAUGGACCCCCUGGGUAUGA